UACAGCAAGUGCUGGAAAUGAAGCUGCAACUUUUGUUAUUUUUGUUUGCUAGUUUCAACUUAGGGUCGGCUAAUGUAUACUACCAAACAGUCCCAGAAUAUGGUGGAUAUCAGCAACAAUUUAGAACUGUAUCAUAUGGCCCAAGAUAUACAUUUUAUUCACUGCCAAUUGUCACACAGACUGUGUAUUCAUUUCAGCGCGUUAGCUCUUAUGGUAUUACGGAGGUCAAUAAAAGAAAUACAAUAGCCAUAGGAAAUAUACUUGCAAAAUAUUCUGUUGACCAAGGAACUCUUCAAAGCAUUCUUCAAUUUUUAAAGUUUGAUUCAUAUCAAGACGGUAGAUAUACGCAGUACCUGUAUAACCUGUUACUGCAAAUUACGUAUUUGACAGGUAGUAACUAUGAAGUUAGAGUGAAAGCAAUGCGACUUGUAAGUCAGAUAAUACUAGAAUAUAUGAAGAAUAAUUCAGUUGAUGAACAGUGGAUUUUUAAUCAAAUCAAUAGUUUAAAUAUUCACAAUCGUGAUAAAAAAGCACUGGUUAAAAUUUUAGUAACUGAUUUUAAACGGCCAGAAAAAGAAAAAAGCAAAAAAGACCAACAAAAAAGUCCAGAGAAGUACAUAGAUAUUGAACAAUACGGAGAAAAUGCUCAAAAAGUGAUGAACAUAUUUAUUCAAAGAAAUAUCGAUGUAAGUACAAGAAAAAUAUUGAUCGAAUUCUUGACAUAUGAUCAGAAAGCAGGUGGUAUGCAUGCUGAACUUAUUUUGAAGUUAAUAAAUCAAAUCUUCAGUUGGAAUAUUAGUGCUGAGGUGCAAAAAGAAGUACUUGAACUAAUAGUAAUUAGAAUCAGAGAAUAUCAGACAGGCGGUAAAUAUUCCAAUCGGGAUAUUAUUACAAUGAGAAAUAAGAUUGAAAAAUUUAAUGUUUCAAAUACGAUAAAAAAUAAGAUACUUUAUUCUUUGAUUAUAAAUUUCUCCGAAAAAAGACGACAAAUCCAGGAAAUAAUAAUUGUUAACAAUUUAAAUCAGAGAAUGCAAAAACAAUUUCUUGACCUUAUAAGCAAAACUUCAGCUGAAGUUGUUGCAUAUUAUGAAUAUAUUUUGCAACUCAUGAUACAAGUCGUUCAAUUGGAUAUAAGUAAUGACGUUCGAGCGAAAGUUAUAGAAUUGAUAGUCUUUAGAGUUAUACAAUUCGAACUCAAUGGCGGUUCCAUUAAAGCAGAUGAACAGACGAUUCAAAAUCAAAUUUUACAGUUGAAUACUACUCAAUCUAUCAAAAAUAAUCUUAUUCAACUUCUGCUUCGAAACUUUAAAGGACAAGUUUUGCACCCAAAAAGCACAGGACCAAGUAAGCCUCCUCCGCAAACGGCAUCCGUUCAAGCUGUUUCACGGCCAAAACAGCAUGAAGAUUUCAGCAAGUAUGGAAAAAAUAUUCAAAACGUAAUGAAAUUAUUGAUUGAAAAAAAUGUAGAUGAAAAUUCAAGAAAACAGUUGCUCAAAAUUUUAGCAUCUGAUUCAGCAGCAGGUGGAACAUACGCUGAAUGGUUUUUUAAGACUAUAUCCAAAAUAUUUAAAUGGAAUACAAGCGACGAGGCACGAAAAAGGGAAGUUGAACUACUUAUAUUCAGAAUAGAACAAUAUCAGAAAAACGGUAAAUAUUCCGAUUCUGAUAUAAUUAAAGUCAGAAAUGAAGUUGAAAAAUUGAAUAUAGAGAGAAAUUGGAAAAAUAUGUUGACCCACUUUUUGAUAACUGAUUUCAAAGGAAGGAAUUCAGACGUAAAGGAUGAAAAUAGACGAAAAAUUAAGGAAAUAAUGAUUGUCAAGAAUGUAACAGGGGAUAAACAGAAAAAAAUAGUAGAACUGUUAAGUGAUAAUUCCAAUGAAUGUAUAGCAUAUAUUCAAUAUAUUAUGCAACUGAUGAGAACAAUCAUUUCCUGGACUGUUACCAAUGAUAUUCAAACACAAGUAACCGAACUGUUAGUCUACAGAAUUUUGCAAUUCCAAAUUGAUGGGGGUCUGACAAAAGAAGUUGAGCAAUUGAUUAAACAAAAAAUUUCACAAUUGAACACUACUGGAGAAUGGAAGAACCGUUUCACGCAAUUUUUACUCACAGAAUUUAAAGGACAGGAUCUCACCAAGUAUACAGAAAAUGUUAAGAAAGUGAUGAAAGCAUAUAUCGAAAAUAAUGUUGAUGAAACUAUAAGACUUACUUUACUACAACUGUUAAAAAAAGACCAGAGAGUGGGUGGUGAUGAUUUUACUUCCAAAAUUUUAACUGUGAUAAAUAAUAUUUUCAGUUUUGGUAUAAAUAACGAUGCGAAAAAAAGUAUUCUCGAACUACUGGUAAUCAGAAUCAAAGAAUAUUCGACAAACGGUCCAUAUUCCGAUCCAAUUUUAUUGAAAAAACAAAUCUAUAACUUAAAUGUACCGGAAGACCUCAAGUGGAACAUACUUUACACGUUGAUUUUUUCUUUAUUAGAACCUACACCAAAAAUCGCAGAAAUAAUGAUUCUCGACAACGUCAAUGUGGGUAUGCAGAAAUUAUUACUUACACUCAUAGCCGAUAAUUCAGCUGAAGCUCGUGCAUACUCUGAAUAUAUUUUCGAUCAAAUGAUGGAGAUCGUUCGUCGGCGUUUCAUAAAUGAUAUUCCAGCAAAGGCACUAGAAUUGUUUAUCUUCAGAAUAUUACAAUUCGAACUUAAUGGGGGAUCCAAUAAGGAUGAUGAACAAUGGAUUCGAACUCAAAUUUUACGAUUAAAUAUUGAAGUUUGGACAAACCAACUAAUUAAAAUUGUGAUUGAAGACUUUAAAGGACAGCUUCUUCACUCUAAAAAUUGUAGAAAUGCUAACUCUGAAUCAAAUGCAAUUCAAGACAAUAAAAUCAAUACAAGUCAAGCAAAUCCAACACAAGACAAUACAAUUAAUACAAGUCGAUCACAUCCAACUCAAGAUAAUAAAAUCAAUACAAGUAGUAGAAAUCAAGGAUCAUGUAUCGGUUCAUGCUCGGGCGGAGUACAAUAUUUGCCUCAUGCAGACUGUUCAAAGUUUUGUCAAUGCUCCAACGGUCGUCCCAUUGUUAUGCCUUGCCCAGCAACACUUCAGUGGGAUACCAAAAUAAAUAAUUGCAAUUAUCCUGAUCAAGUUCAGUGCCCAAGUUAAUUAGGUGAUGUAAAAAUAGAAAUUUGACUUCAACAAGUUACCUAUAUAUUUCCGCUGAUGAUAUUUCAGUAAAAGUACAACAGCUAAUGGUAGAAAAGGCAGAAUCCCUGCAAUUAAUUAAUGAUUAAAGCAGGCUGCAUCCACAUAACGAAA